AUGGUGCCUACCAAAACGUUCCUCUUCUUACUGUGGUUUUUUAGCACGCUGGUGGCUGUUUAUAACGGCGCUGCUAUACGUAAGUAUGUAUUGUUUUGCCCUGCCCUCCUCUGCCUUUCCCCACUCUGACCUGCUCCGCUUUGUCCUGCCCCUACUCUACCUCUAUUUUAACCUACUAUACCGUACCUUAGCGUAUCGUUUUCAGCCAAACACAAGCAGUUUGAAGUGAACCCGGAGUACAUUGACUCACUGUUCCAUCGCGCUUCAACCUUUACCCUAUUCGAUGUAAGUUCAACCCGAUAACCUUCAAAAGAUACAGUACUCUUUUUAGGCCAAAGCUAAGCAAAUUCUGGAAGAUUUGCCACCUCGUGACAAGAAUAUCUACACAACAUGUCAACGACAAGCCAAACAUGUCAUGGACUUGGCAAGGUGCGUAGUUAAAGUCCUAGAUGAACGCGAUAAAGUGGUUGAGAAACAGAAGUAUGGUAAUCAAAAGCGUGGAGCUGGAUCUAUUGUAGAUAAUGAUGACAAAGUUAAAGCUGAGAAAGAUGCAUGUAGUGCUGUUGAGGAUGACAUUGAUGGGAAUUGGUUCAAGAAGAUUUUUUCAACCUUUUAUCAACAUAUUAUGUGCUUUGGCAAAGAAAAGACAAGUAGGUAGAAUAUAUAAUUGUUCAUAAACUUAUAAUUGUCUUUUUCCGGCAAGCCUAGAUAAAACUUGAAUUAAGGCACCAAUCAAAGUCUUGGUUUAAAUCUAACUUUGAAGUUAAGUUUAGACCUACCUAAGUCUAAGAAUAAGCUUCAGCAUGAUCUUUAAAUCUGAGCUUAAGCCUAAAUCAAAGCGCAAUUCAAAGUAUGACUUUGUGUCGAAGCCUAAACCUCAGACUAACUUUGAACUUGCGUUUAAGCCUAGCCUAAGUCUAAACCUUAUUUUAUAAAUGUCUCAGCCUGAGCCUCAGCUUGAGCCUAAGAACAAGUUGAAACUUGACUUUAAGCCUGAGCUUGAGCUUAAGCCUAACUUUAAGCCCCUUAACCUUCAUUUCAACUUUAACUCUAUGUUUAUUAAGACAAACAUCAACCUUUAGGUCGUUACUUGAUCUAUAGAUUGAUCUUCCAGACCACUUUUCAACACCAAUCUACGUAUAUUUCGUUCAAACUCUUCUCUUUGCAAACUUCAUCAUUAAUCUUUCAUCGUUCAUCCAUUCAACUUUCAGACACGGAACCAUCAAGUCGUCUGAAGAAACUGAAGGUCGCGAAUUCGACAAAAAUUAAAAUUCAAAAGUUGAAAAGUGAAAAGGAUAAAAAGCACAAUUACAAAUCAAGACUGGACAUUAUGAAACAGAAGCAAUUCGAAAAAAUCAAGAAAAAGUUUGCUAGAAGGAGGAAGAGGGAAGUCUGUAAGUAUUGUAAUAGCCCUAGUCUUACACCUAGCCCUAGUCCCAACCCUGGCUCUAGCACGAGCCAUAGCCCUAGUCUUACACCUAGCCCUAGUCCAAGCCUUGGCUCUAGCCCUAGCCCUAGCUUUAGCCCUACCUUUAGUCCUAGCCCUAGCUUUAGCCGUAGCCCUAGUCCUAGUCUUAGCCCUAGCUUUAGUCCUAGCCCUAAGUUUAGAGCCGUAGCUUUAGCCCUAGCCCUAGCUUUAGUCUUAGCCCUAAGUUUAGUUCUAGCCCUAGCCUUAACCACAGAAUAUUUCAGCAUUCCGAAAAGUUUUCAAUGUGAGUCAACGUUGUGAUGUCCCUUCAAACGUAAUUGUUCUGAGAGACGUUCGUGAUUACUUUGACCAAAUGAACGAUAUCAUCCGAUACAGCUAUCGUACUGGAAAAGAUAAUGAAAAGUAAAAACUAAUUUAAAAAAAAAAGUUUUUUUGACCAAAAUCUUUUCCCACUUAAAAAAAUUCAUUUAUUUCAAUAUAAUCACAAAAGACUUCAGGUUCCUUCAAAAACACGACCUAAACGUGACCUACCAGUACCAUAACUCAGACGGCCAGACUCCAUAUGAACAACUGAGAACCAGUUUACAAGAAAUUGAAAGUUUUGAUGACAAAGGGGUUGUGUCUGUGUUGUCACCAAAACUAUUUAAUAUUCUACCAGAAGGUCCACUUGAUCCAGAAUCCAAAAGAUGGCUGUCACCUAAUAUGUUAAGCUUUCAAGAUGAAGGCAUGAUUCCUAUUCCUAAGUUGUUCAAGGUAAGCUCUACCCUACCCCCGCCUUACCUACCCCAACUUAACUUUCCCCACCCCUUCUAAUGAAUUUGCCAUUUCCAGUGGAGCAAAUCCGAUGACUGUGAAACACAAAGAUGGAUUGAACUUUUACUCGACGUUACCGGCGGCUCACGUCUAUUAAAAGGGCAUGUCAAAAAAUUUGGAAAACAUAUGACAACAGUCAAAGACAAACUACACCCACGAAUCAAACGCGCACAAAAAAUCGAAGAAGAAAUGGCAGAUAUACAAAGCCUAACCACCGAUCAUCAACAUGAACAGAUGGCACGGUACGGCUACGCAGCUAUGACUCCAGAACAACUUGAACUAGCGUACGGUGAGCACGGUGUACAUCCGAUGAACGUGAAUUUGGAAGAAGAGUUCAAAGAGCAAGACUUUUAUUUGGAAAAAGCGAUUCGAAUGUUGGCUGAAUUGACUCCAGAUGAGCUGAUGGAAAUGGCUCAGAAUGAAAAGUUUAAGCAAGAAGAUAGGACUGUAGAUCAUGGAGAAUAUACUACAGACCAUGACAGUGACAAUGAAGCUAAGAAUAAAGAUACAAUGUCAAAGAACCAAGAAGAAUACACUAUAAAACCCGAGUAUUUCAUGGACACAACCCUGAUUCCAGACCAACAUACUAGAGUUAAAAGAUUUGCCACUACUCCAGCUCCAAACCCUCGGCCAUCAAUCUUUGAUAUGAGGUUUCUAAAUCCGUUCGCGUUUGUAGCACGUAUCAAGAAUCCCAAUUUUUUGGGAAACUACAUUAUCUCACCGUUCGCUUUCUAUCUACAGCUUCUUUCACCGUACUUUUUAGGUGUAAGUUACAUAAAAAGACAUGUUUACUUGGCUAAGACUACGCGUAGUUAGGCUUUAUCAUGAUUCUAAGGCCUAAGCUUGACAUUUAAAUUAAGGGCAAGCUCAAGCCUAACAUAAAAUUUAAGCUUUUGCUAACCAUAGAUUAAGCUCAAUUAUUAUUUAAAGCUUAAAGCUGAGCCUAAGUUUAAGCUUAAUCCCAACUUUCAUCUUGAUUUUAAACCUAAGUCUAGGUUUAAGGUUAAAUCUUAUUUUUAGCUUAAGCCCAAUGGUAAGUUUAAGCCUAAGCUCAACUCUGUUUUUAAACGUACGCCUAAGCCUAAGUCAAGGCCGUAUUCAAAGUCUAAGCUUAAGCCCGAAUCUGCGUCUAAGCCUAAACCUAAGCUUAAGAAUUAGCCUACGCUUAAACCUUUUUUCAUAUCGUAAUUUUCAUUUUAAGCCAAUUUGCGCCUAUUGGGAAACUUCUUUGCGCCUAACUAUCAGAGUCUAAGCCUGAAAAAACAAAAAUAGAAGUUACAAGGUUCAGUGAGAGUUAAAAAUUAUUAACUAAAAACAUUUUAAGAAAUUUCGACAAAUUACAAUUUCAGAUGGACAUCAUUUCACCCCGUACCUUCAUCGCCAACAUCCUCUCACCCAACGUCCUCAUUCUCCGUGUCUUAUCUCCAACUGCCUUUCGACUUAUGUUACUAUCACCCCUUCUCCUCACCGGCUGGGUACUAGUUCCGGAAGCCUUUCUUGCCAAAGUAAUGGCUCCAAAAGUGUUGGAUGGUCGUGUGUUAGCUCCAGAAUCCUUCUCAGCUAUCGUGCUCAGCCCCGGUGCUGGUGUCAUGCGUUUAGGCUCGCCCAAUGCAAUGAACGUGCUGGUUUUGGCCCCAUCGUUCUUUACUUAUGGUCUUUUCUCGGGCAAUCGAUAUGUGUUUCAGAUCUUGUCACCAGGUAUUUUAGGUAUCGAUUCGCAUCCAAUUUUGACACCGGUUGGCACGACUGAUGGUUAA